AUGUCGCUCGCAUUAGACAGCGCCACAUCGCCUAGCACGCAUGCCCGUGACCCCUCCGAGCAAGCAUCCGCAAGGCUCAUCACCGGCGAGGCUUCUUACCAACGCAAGCUGAGCAUCCCCACGCGACAAGGACGCCAACUCGUCAGCUUUCCUCACAUUUUGCAACCAGAGCAACCCCGUGACACAGCAGUCGAUCUUGCGCGAUUCUUGCAGACCGCAAAAGAACUGUCGCAGCAGCCAGCGGGUGUCCAGAUUAGCAACCACGAUGCUGAUCAGGUGCGUAUGCGCGUGUGCGUGUGCGUGCGCGAAAAUACGCCGAUGCCUGCUGACCCGCGCGCCUGCUGACCCGCUCUAGUCGCCAUUGCGGCACCUCCUGACCGCUGCGGGAGGUGUGCUCAAGUUCGAAAAGACACCGUUGAGAAGCGCUCAUGACUUUUCUGAUUUCAUGCACAACCUCGCAGCCGGCACCGGUUGGCUUCCGCACGUCGACAAGGGCCUGAUGGUACUUCGCAGGCCUCACGCGAAAAACGUCGCUACCGCAAAUGAAGGGCCUCCUACUCAGGCCAUUGGCAGUCACAACGAAUACGGUCUCUCUUCUCACUACCCAUCCUACAUUGCCUUUUUCUGCCUCGCCAGUCCCGACACAGGCGGCCAGACGCCCAUCGCGUCGAGCUUGAGGCUGUACGAGCGCUUCGAAAGCGAAUUGAACGCGUAUCUGCAGGCCAUCACCAAGAGAGGCAUCGCUUUUGCCAUCCAUCAUCCCCGUGGGAAUGUAGAGGGUCACGUUGGCGGCAACAGCGUAUUCAACGCCAACAGCUUUGGCCCUAAUGAGCAAGGUGCUCUGCAGCCAGAGGUGCCAUUUGCACAACUGCCCGAGGAGAGCAAAAGGGCAAUCGUAGAGGAAAAUGUGCGGGCAUUGGCACGCGAAGGUGGCUGGGACGAGUCUGCAUCUUUGGACGAUGAGAGCGUGGCGGUGUGGAAACGAAGGGGCUACUCGGGUCACUGGAUGCCAGAUGGAUCGUUCAUCGUAGUGCAAAGGACGCCGGGUGUGAGGAUCCACCCGAUUUUUGGCGUGCCGAGCUACUUUACCAAUGUGCACACGCGCUUCAUUUACGCUGGAAUCGACAAGGCAGGACAACAGAUCAAGCCUCACUGGAGAAGAAAUCUGUUGGACCUGGUGCGAGAGCAACAAGCCGAGCAGUCUUUAGCCUCUCCCUUUCAGCUGCCCGCAUACAUUGUUGGCAACACCACACUGGAAGAUGAUACGCCGUUCGACCAGGAGUGGAUCGAGGAGAAUUUGCGCAUCACUGCAGAGGAGCAAGUCGACGUCAGUUGGAACGUGGGCGAUGUGCUCUUGAUUGAUAAUCUUGCGGUGCAGCACGGAAGGCGGCCAUGGGAGGGGGACAGGAGGCUUUUAGCGAGCUUGUGGGACUCUCCAUUCCUUCAGCGCCACUCUCGUGUCUGA